GGAAGGGCAAAUCAUUCUUUCGGGUGUUGCUACGAAGGCUCGCGAGGAUCAUAAGGAGUUUCGACGAGGAAACCAUUCUUCACUGUUAAAAUUGCUUCUUCCCCAUGUUUUAAACUCUCUCUUCCUCCAUAACCCAGUUUCCUCUCUGCAAGCUUUAAGAUCUUAAUUUUCCAGAAUUGUGGCAGUUGUUUUUGCGCCGUAAGUACUCUGCGCAAGGACUAGAGAGGUCUGCUUGCUUUUCUUCGUUAUUUUAAUCAUUCAAAUUUUCAAGCCUGAUGAAUUGAGGACCAGCAAUUUUCUCCAUGAAGUCUAUUAUAGGGCAAGUUUUUGGAAGUGUUCGUGAAAGAGUUCUUGAUCCAGUUUCUAAAAGAAUUAGUGAAAUAGCUUGUGAAAAAAUUCUUGGAGUUGUAGGAGAACACGUAGAUUGUCACAUAAACUUCCAAAGUUAUGUGGAUGAUCUUAAAAAAGGAGUGGGAGACUUAAAACGUAAAAGAGGUGAUAAAGAAGCAGAAUUAAGAAUAGUGGAUCACUCAGAAAAAAUGGUCAAAGAAGAAGUGCAGGGAUGGCUUGAUGGUGCAGGGAAGGUCAUUGAUAUGGUAGAUAUUGAGGAAGAGCUUGAGAACGUUUCAUACCUGUCACAGGGUAGCCUUGGAAGACGUGUUCGUCAAAAGACGCAAGAGGUGAGAGAAAUUCACAAUCGAGGCAAUUUCACUGAAGGUCUUGUAAUUGAAAGGCCUCCAUCUAUUGGAAUUCCUUUGCCAACAGAGAAUAUGGUUGGUAAGCUUGAUGUGAAGGAAAAAAUUCGCGGAUACUUGAGAGGUUGUGAGGGAAUAAUUGGAGUUUGUGGAAUUAGUGGAAUUGGCAAAACUACUAUUAUGAAACACAUCCAUAAUGAAUUAUUGAAUGAGGCUACUCAGUUUGAAAAGGUCAUCUGGGUCACAGUAUCACAUCCACUCAAUGUUGUAAGAUUACUAGGUGAUAUUGCAAGAAAAAUGAACAAAGGCCUUCGAGAAGAUGCAGAUGAAUUGGAGCGGGCAUCAAGAUUGAUGGAGAUUAUGAAAACAGUGAAAUAUGCAUUGAUCUUAGAUGAUGUGCAAGAUAAAUUUACUCUUACAAGAGUUGGAAUCCCAAAACCAACAAUGGAAAAUGGGUGCAAAAUUGUUAUUACUAGCAGAUUAGUUGCUGUGUGCAACUACUUGAGCUGUCAAAUAGUUAAGGUGCCACCUCUUUCAAAGGAAGAGUCUUUCAACUUGUUUUUAGAUGAGGUUGGGUCUGAUGUUCUACAAAUUCCCAAUUUGCACGGGUUUGUGUGGAGGUUGAUUUAAAUGAAUCUCUUCCAUCUAUGAUAGCUUUAGAUCUUGAGGAGCUUCCUCAAUCGUUGAUUUUG